AUGUACGGCCCCACAGACUUUUCAGUCCAACGCCUCCCUGGAAAUCUCUUCCUUGAGCGCAGUAUAGCAGCAAUUCAGGAAGUCGAAGCAAUUGCAAUGCGUAUCGUCGCAGCCCACACCACCAUUCCCAUCCCCAAAGUCAUCGACCUCCUCGACAAUGAGUAUAUCCUAAUGACUGGAUUGCCGUAUGACACCCUUGGUCCCGCGUUCUAUCGUAUGGACGAGCGACAGGUUGAACAUGAGCGAAAGUCACUUCAGAGGACUUGGAUGAUGCAACAACUACAAAGUAUUCCGCAACAUCCCGGUGCAAACGGCGUCAUUUGCGGUCCUUUGCCAACGAUGCCAUGCUGCGACAUCAACCAAGUAGAAGAAGAUGCUUUUGGACCCUUUCCUGAUCUAGCAUCCUUUCAUGAGUUUCUGCCGGGCCAUGGCCAGCCCAAGGAAUCCACCGAAGAGCGCGAAAAGAUGCUCCACAACGGUCACGAGAUUACUUGGAUCAUCGAUUGGACUUGUGCAGGGUGGUACCCUGCAUACUGGGAGCUCGGAAAAGCUGUGUAUGUGCAUUGGAAUUACCAGGAGUGGAGGGAGACGUGUCGCGCGAUAUGGCCAGGGUAUGAUGAGGAGCUCGAUGUAAAAAUUGGGUUGUGGAUGGACAGAAAUUGA